AUGUGGUUAGAAGUGCUGUGGUUGGAGAAGAGAAGCCUACAGUUCCCAGCAGCAGCAGCAGCAGCAGCAGCAGCAGCAGCAGCACCAGCACCUGCAUCCCUUCUCCUGGAUGCUGAAUGCAAGGAGAAACCCGCAGUACUCCUGCUGCAUGGCUUCCUUGCUGCUUCCUCCUUUUGGACCGACACCGCUGUGCCGUUUCUUCCCAAGAGCUUCCUGGAGGGCAGGAGGGUGGUGGCAGUGGACCUGCUGGGGUGGGGCAAGAGCCCCAAACCCAGGGAUUGUGAUUAUAGUGUGGAGGAGCACGCGAGCUGCAUAGAGCGCACGGUGCUCGCCCCACUCAGCAUCUCCACCUUUCACAUCGUGGGCCACAGCAUGGGGGGCUUGAUCGGUGCGGUUCUGGCUGCUCGCAACCGAGACAGGGUGGUGUCUCUCUGCAUCUACUCGCCUCCCUACAUCUCUCCCCGACCAGGCCUCACACCAGCAGAGGAGUUUUUCCAGCUAGCCACCCCGCGAUGCUUCUCCCCUGCAGUGCUAAUGUUCCCCAGCACGUGCGGGUGGUUCGAGCACGUGGGCCGAGUCAUCUGCGUCUUGUUUUCGCAAUUUCAUUGGCUCACCGACGCCCUCGCUGCUCUCCUGCUGCCCCGCUUAGGCGCCAAACUCCCACCCUCCUACGUGCGGGAUUUCACCCGUCACACACAUCACACCGCCUGGCACUGCUUCUUCAACACCAUCUGUGCCGGCACCAACUUCCUGGAGCCUUCCCUGCACCUACUGCACAACCAAAGCCCCACAAGCGUCCUUCCUGUAACCAGCCAUACCUGUAUCGGGACCGAAUCAGUGAGUGCUGUAGCAGAGAGCGGCGAGUUAUUCAACAGAAGCGUUCCAGUGACGAUAGUGCAUGGUGACAAAGACAACGUGUGCCCGAUUGACUCAAGCAGGGGGUUGGCUCGGCGGCAUCCGAACGUGCAGCUGUUGGAGGUUCGGGGAGAGGACCACAUUACAGUGGUGGCGGCUAGGGAGAAAGAAGCUGCUCAACAGAUUGUGGAGUUUGUUGAAGAAGCAGAGGCUGCAAGCAUGGAUGCAUGA